GGGAGCAGAAGAAGCGCUGUUACAUGGCCGAAAUAGGAGUGGUUUUGUACUGGAAGCGGAAUCCAUUAAUUUAAUGGUGUUUAUAAAGAGUCAAUAGAGACACGAAGUAUAUUGGAAUCGAUUAAUACGGCGAAAACGGAUGAUAUACUACUAAAUAUGAAGAGGGAGUCUUCAUCAUCAGCGUUUUAAAUGAUAAAAAAAAUACUGGUGUGGCCGCCUGGUGAUCGUUGUUGAUCUCGCGUAGUAGGAAGGAUAAGGCAUAAGCACGUUAUCCGCUAGCGCACCGCCGGUGAUCCUUCGUAUAGGUUUCCGUCUUUUGAAACUUUUAAAACUUAUAUUCGUGAUAUUGUAAUUCAUUUCCGCCGUUUCUUCUACUUGUGUAUCUACUUUGACGAAAACAAGUUAUACAAUCUAGGCGGCUGUGUAAGGCGUGUCGGCGCGGUCCUAGAGCCGGCCGGUUGAAGGUGUGCAUAUGGUGGCGCUGUCCAUGAACACUUCAUUCAACACCAUGGAAAAGCUUCUGCUGGAGCAGGGUUAAAAAAGCUACGGACUCCAGUACUUUCAUUUUUAUUGAGAAAAAGUGAUCUGGGCUGCCUAUUUGCAUACAUCCCGGUCUUGCUGUUAUAUUGGUGAUCAGGAGUUGAGCAUAGUAAGUAGAAAGGCCAGUACUUGACUGUACACCGUAGAAGUAAUGGUCGUGAAUACGAUCCACUGGUUCAGGAAGGGCUUGCGGCUCCACGACAAUCCUUCUCUCAAGGAAUCCAUCCAAGGGGCAGACACCGUGCGCUGUGUUUACAUUUUAGACCCUUGGUUUGCGGGGUCCUCCAAUGUGGGCAUCAGCAGGUGGAGGUUUCUACUGCAGUGUCUGGAGGACCUGGACGCCAGCCUUCGCAAGCUCAACUCCCGCCUUUUUGUCAUUCGUGGACAGCCCACUGAUGUCUUCCCCAGGUUAUUUAAGGAAUGGAGCAUCAAGCGGCUGUCCUACGAAUAUGACUCGGAGCCCUUUGGCAAAGAGCGGGACGCAGCCAUCCGGAAGCUGGCCAGUGAAGCCGGCGUCGAGGUUGUGGUCCGGAUCUCCCACACGCUCUAUGACUUGGACAAGAUCAUCGAGUUGAACGGUGGCCAGUCCCCGUUGACCUAUAAGCGAUUCCAAACCCUGAUCAGCCGCAUGGAGGCUGUUGAGACUCCGGUUGAGUCCAUCACAGCCGAAGUGAUGGGAAAGUGCACGACACCGGUGUUCGACGACCACGAUGACAAGUUUGGAGUGCCCUCUUUGGAGGAGCUGGGUUUCAACACAGAGGGGCUAUCUUCAGCCGUGUGGCCCGGAGGGGAAACCGAAGCCCUCACCCGUCUGGAAAGGCACUUGGAGAGGAAGGCUUGGGUGGCUAAUUUUGAGAGGCCCCGGAUGAACUCCAACUCCCUGCUGGCUAGUCCAACAGGGCUCAGCCCCUACCUGCGCUUCGGUUGCCUCUCCUGCCGCCUCUUCUACUUCAAGCUCACAGACCUCUAUAAGAAGGUGAAGAAGAACAGCUCUCCCCCUCUGUCGCUAUACGGGCAGCUGCUGUGGCGUGAGUUUUUCUACACGGCAGCCACCAACAACCCACGCUUUGACAAGAUGGAAGGGAACCCCAUCUGCGUACAGAUCCCCUGGGACCGUAACCCCGAGGCGCUGGCCAAGUGGGCUGAGGGGCGCACAGGCUUCCCCUGGAUUGAUGCCAUCAUGACCCAACUGAGGCAGGAGGGCUGGAUCCACCACUUGGCCCGGCAUGCUGUGGCCUGCUUCCUCACCCGGGGGGACCUGUGGAUCAGCUGGGAGGAAGGCAUGAAGGUGUUUGAGGAGCUGCUGUUGGACGCAGACUGGAGCGUGAACGCAGGCAGCUGGAUGUGGCUCUCGUGCAGCUCGUUCUUCCAGCAGUUCUUCCACUGCUACUGCCCCGUGGGCUUUGGCCGUCGCACCGACCCCAAUGGCGACUACAUCAGACGCUACCUACCCAUCCUGAGAGGUUUCCCUGCCAAGUACAUCUAUGACCCCUGGAACGCCCCCGAGAGCGUGCAGAAGUCAGCCAAGUGCAUGAUUGGCGUGCACUACCCGAAGCCCAUGGUGAACCACGCCGAGGCCAGCCGUCUCAACAUCGAGCGCAUGAAGCAGAUCUACCAGCAGCUGUCCUGCUACAGGGGCCUCGGGCUCUUGGCGACGGUGCCCUCGAACCCCUCUGGCAACAGUGAGGCAGCUGGCAACAUGGUUGGGCUUCCCCAUGGGGAGGCCGCCCAGGACAGCUUGGGUACGAUCGGACACCAGGUUCCUGCAAACCUUGUGGGAGACUGGAGUGGCGCAGUGAUGGCACAUCCCCAGGGAGAAUCCAAGCCUGGCGGCAGCACCCAGCAGCAAAGACGUGGCCACCACACGAGCACAAUGACCACGGUAAAACGCCCGAGCGAGGACUCCACUCCAGGGGUUGUCUUCAAGGUGCAGAGGCAGAACAGUAACUAGCUCUCCAGAUGAUUUAAAAACCCCAGAAUGAAAGCCUACACCGUCACACAGAGCAUGGGUAUACCUGACAGGAUCCUCUUUAUUAAUGCUUUUUAUCAGUUAUGCUCCGUGGGGAAAAAAUACAUUUUUAUGAAAUGCAUGGUCCUUUCUGCAAACACAUUUUCACAUUUUUAAUGUUUCAAAGUGAAUAUUAUUUCUGGGACAGUACCGACUUGUGUAUAUACUGUAAGACUUUGAUUAAUUCAGUUCACAUAGAAAUUGUAAAUAUUUGCUAUUGUAUGGGUUUCUUUUUAUGUGUAGCCAUAGACCCAAUGAUAUAUUUUUGAUAAAAAAAAAAAGGCAAUGUUACCUGUGUUUUUAGACUUUGUAGGCGUUGUUCACCACACCAAUCUUUUGCUUACAGAAAGUUUUGAUUUUUGGUUCUAUACCCAUCCUGUCUCUCUCAGCUCCCUGCUCCCCUUUGUUGCUGCACAGUUUUAUCACCAGUGUGUACAGCAAAAUAUGAAGUUGUUCUGUGCUUCUCAUCCUUUCACUUUGUGCUGUUUUAUUAAAAUAUGAGCUAAUGUAUGAAUUCUUGCCUUCAUGUAAUUUUUGUUUUUUUUUAAUUAGCAACUGCAUGACUGUAAUUUUCACUUGAAUUCAAAAUAUGACUGGCAAAUAUUUUCAUGGAUUCUUACAUUUUAAUUGGAGUUGAGGCAAAAAUUUUAUUAUAGUCAUGCACUGCUUAAUGACGUUUUUGCUUAACGACUGACCGCUUAUACGACGGUGGUCCCAUAAAAUUAUAAUGGAGCUGAAAAAUUCUUAUUGACUAGUGACGUCGUAGCACAACGUGUUACUCAUGCGUUCAUGGUGGUACUCCUGUAAACAAACCUACUGCA